AUGAGUGCUGAAGUGAGGGUGCUGCUGGAAGCGCAGCACGACAUUCAUGGUCGGAUCUCCCGCGCCGUGGACAAUCUGAGGAAGAUGGGCGUGAGCAACAUCACCCGCAACGCCAUCCAAGCUCGCCUCGGCAUCCUGGACAAUCUCUGGCAAAAAAUGAAGACCCAGCAUGAGCUCAUUCGUGCGGCGCUGAAGGACAAGUAUCAGGAGAGUGAGUACGCUGUAUCUGAUUUUAUUGAAGUCGCGGAGAAUACUUACGUGACACAACGUAGCAUGCUGACCAGCUACGCUGAGAAGCUUGAGGGCGAGACGCCCGCCGCACUCAGAGGUGAGUCAGACCACGACCGGGCUCCUAAAACCUCGUUGCCGCGCAUCAUGCUUCCGACGUUUGCGGGAUCUUACGAAGAAUGGCCAUCAUUCCGCGACCUCUUCCAAUCAGUCAUCGGGGCGAAUGCGUCAGUCUCCGACAUCGAGCGAUUUCACUACCUCCGGUCUUGUGUCAAGGGAGCCGCUGAAAAAUUGAUAAAAUCAUUAACGGUGACCGGUGAUAAUUACCAUCGCGCUUGGACGAUUUUGUGCAAGCACUUCGAGAACAAGAAGGAGCUUAUCCGUUCUAAUUUCGCCGCGUUCACCUCCGUUCCCAAAAUGAAGUGCGAGUCAGCGGGAGAACUCGGUCGCAUUCACAACGCCGUAACGACCGCGGUGAACGCGCAGGAGAGUAUAGGGAGACCCAUCAACUCCCACGGUAUGGAUCUCCUCAAUUUCCUCACCGUCGAAUUGUUCGAUUCGCGUACACGGAUGGAAUGGGAGUCCUCGACCUGCGACUCCACUGAUCCGCCAGACCACGCUGCUCUCGUCAACUUCAUCGCUAAGCGCAUUCUCACGCUAAACGCCGCUAGGCCGCGAGUAUCGCAACCAAACUCCGAUGGCGCGUCUCGAACCGCGAAAGCUCACCACACGAAGACCGGAUCCGACCACUUGAAGUGCGCACUGUGCCAGGGGAAGCACACCCUCAUGCAGUGUAACGACUUCAAGGCGAAGUCCGCGAUAGACCGAAAGUCCUUUGUAGAGCAAGGUAGACUGUGCUACAACUGUCUCGGGAACCACAUGAUCUCCAAGUGCCAGUCUGUGAAGACCUGUCUGACGUACAAGAGCAAGCACCACACUACGCUGCACGACGCGUACACUUCGCCCUCCUCCAACGAGGUGAACGCCCUGUCUGCGAUGCACUCCUCGUCUGAGCGUAAGGCGAUCCUCCUCGCGACAGCUCGCGUGCACCUCACUGACCGCGCCGGGGAUCUUCAUCCGGUCCGAGCGAUGCUCGAUCAAGGAUCCGAGGUGUCGAUCAUCUCCGAAGCACUGGUCCAACGGCUGAGACUUUCCCACUCCCGCUCCUCAGUGUCCAUAAUCGGCAUCGGCGAAUCGCGAUCCGGGGCAACCCGCGGGAGAGUGGCACUCAGUCUCUCCUCGAUGAUCACCGGGGCCAAACUCAAGGCCGUCGCCUUCGUGUUACCGCGCCUGUCGGCCUAUCAGGGUUCUUCGGUGAAGAACCUCCCCUCCUGGCCUCACGUUCAUGGUCUUGAGCUCGCCGACCCCAGGUAUCAGGAGCUCGAUCCGGUAGAACUAUUGUUGGGCGUGGAAGUCUGCUCAACCAUCCUGGAGGUCGGCCUUCGCAAGGGUGGUCCUCAAGAUCCCGUCGCCCAGAAAACAGCCCUGGGAUGGAUCCUGUCAGGGGGGUCCAGCGCCGCACCCUUCCAAAGACUCCGUAACUCCUUGCAGUGCACUGUCGACCAAGAGCUCAAUCAGCUUGUGCACAGUUUUUGGGAACAAAAAAGGGAACUCCCCUCCUCUGUUGCCCUUACACCAGAGGAUCAAGAGUGCGAGACCCUCUUCAUAAGUACUCACCAGCGAACUGCGUCCGGAAGAUACGUAGUACGACUCCCGUUUUCUUCCCCGCCAACGUCGCUUGGUGGAACCCGUAAACCGGCUGAAAGCUCUUGUCAGCGAUGGACCUUCGGAGCAAGAGAGAUCCUGAGUUCGGCGUCCGGUAUCGGGAGUUUAUGCAGGAGUACGAGGACCUGA